AUGGCGGUGGAGAAGACGCUGCCCGGCGCGAAUGCGGGGAGGACCGUGCUGGUCACGGGCGGGGCGGGCUACAUCGGCACCCACGCCGUGCUGCAGCUCCUCCUCGCGGGCUUCCGCGCCGUCGUCGUCGACAACCUCAACAACUCCUCCGAGCUCGCCGUCCGACGCGUCGCCGCGCUCGCGGGGGACCACUCACGCAACCUAUCCUUCCACAAGAUUGAUCUCCGUGACAAGGGAGCACUGGAAAUGGUUUUUGCUUCUACAAGAUUUGAUGCUGUCGUCCACUUUGCUGGAUUGAAAGCUGUAGGCGAAAGUGUACAGAAGCCAUUACUUUAUUAUGACAACAACGUCAUUGGCACGAUAAAUCUUCUAGAAGUUAUGUCUGCUCACGGUUGCAAGAAGUUGGUGUUCUCAUCAUCAGCUGCAGUUUAUGGAUCACCCAAAAACUCACCUUGCACAGAAGAUUUUCCUCUGACUCCAAACAAUCCAUAUGGCAAAACAAAGCUCGUUGUUGAGGAUAUUUGCCGUGAUAUCUACCGUUCAGAUCCUGAAUGGAAGAUCAUUUUACUUAGGUACUUCAAUCCAGUUGGUGCUCAUCCUAGUGGAUAUCUUGGUGAGGACCCACGAGGAAUUCCCAACAAUCUUAUGCCCUAUGUUCAGCAAGUUGCGGUUGGUAGGAGGCCAGCUCUGACAGUUUUAGGAAAUGACUAUGCGACAAGAGAUGGGACUGGGGUCCGAGAUUACAUCCAUGUUGUUGACCUUGCUGAUGGACAUAUUGCUGCAUUGCAGAAGCUUUUUGAGAACUCUAGCAUAGGGUGUGAAGCAUACAACCUUGGAACCGGAAGAGGUACAUCUGUGCUGGAGAUUGUUAAAGCAUUCGAGAAGGCUUCUGGGAAGAAAAUCCCUCUGAUUUUUGGUGAGAGACGCCCUGGUGAUGCAGAGAUUCUGUUUUCAGAGACUACUAAAGCAGAGAGGGAGCUUAACUGGAAAGCAAAAUACGGUAUUGAAGAGAUGUGUCGCGACCAAUGGAACUGGGCCAGCAAGAACCCUUAUGGCUAUGGUUUGCCUGACUGUACCAAGCAGAAUGGUCACCAAACAAAUGGAUCCGCUGACUCCUCCAAGCAGAAUGGCCACCGCACAAACGGUUCAACUGACUCACCCAAGCGGAACGGCCACUAUGCCUAUGGGUCAGCCGACGCACCCAAGCAGAACGGGCACUAUGUUUAUGGAUCAUCAGACUUCAAGCAGAAUGGUAAUGGCCACCUGCACUGA